UCAUGGACACGACUUCAAUACCACGUUGACUCAAUCAUACCCACCAGCAUCACCACAAUGCGCCUCGCAUACUACGCCGGCGCCUCAACGGCAGCCGCGGCGGCCUGCCUGUUGAAGGCCUUCCACGAGCGACCCAACUUCUACAGCGCGACCGUCUACCUCUCCCAAUCGAACGCAUGUCUCCUCAUCCUCACGAAUCUCCUCCUUAUCCUCGCCUGCAGUUUCAUGUUCGCGCUUCAACGACUUCUCUACGGACCACUCCGACCGAUCGAGAUCGAGCAGCUCUCCGAGAAAGCAUGGUACGCCGUCCUGGACACACUACUGGCGAUGCCGAGUUUUCGAGAAGAUGUAGGAGGAUGGCUGUUGACGAUGUUUGUGCUGUUAAUGGCUGGCAAGGUUUGGGGAUGGAUUGGAGAGGGACGGGUGGAUGUCCUGGAACAACAACCUCCGGCAAACCCGCGAUUGUUCCAUGCGAGGCUGGCGACGAGUCUGAUUGUCAGCGUCAUUUUCGACUUUUACAUGCUGAGUUACUGCAUUGAGGCGGUUAUUGCGGAUCCGAGACCGGGCAUGAUGGUCAUCUUUACGUUUGAGUUCUCGAUCUUGACCAUCUUCUCGCUGUUCACGCUUUGCAGAUAUGGGCUGAGCUUGUAUGAGGCUGGAGUGAUCAAGAAGCAGACAGUCGUUGCGAUUGAGGAGCGGAAGACUGAGAUCAGGGCUGAAAGAGCUGCGGCGAGGCAGAAUGAGACGGAGGAAGGGAGACCAACACCGGCAUCACCACCGAAUGAAGAGCCGAUUGAGGUGGACGAGGCUGAGGUUGAUGUGCCGGGCUGGGAGGACAAGGGACGAUAUCUGUUCAUGCUGGAGGUGUUGACGGACUUCAUCAAGCUGGUGAUAUACCUGGCCUUCUUCACGGUCAGCGUCACCUUCAACGGCCUCCCGAUGCACAUCAUGCGAGACGUGUACAUGACUUUUGCUUCAUUCAGCAAGCGUGUGGCAGACUACAUUGCAUACAAAAAGGCGACGAGCGACAUGAACACGAGAUACCCAGACGCCACGACAGAGGAGAUCCGAGGCGACUCAUGUAUUGUUUGUCGAGAGAACAUGGUCGCGUGGGUGCAGCCGACUCCGCAAGCAGAAGCCCAGCCUGCGGGCGAACAGCCACCUGCUGCUCCAGCGCCAUCACAACGAAGAGAUGAGGGAUUGAGGGCGAAGAAGCUGCCUUGCGGACACAUUCUCCAUUUACGAUGCCUCAAAGCAUGGCUCGAGCGACAGCAGGUCUGUCCAACAUGUCGAAGACCAGUCGUCACCGCCAUCACGCCAGAAGUCGCCGCAGCUGCGGCCGGCAAUAACGGUGGAGCUCAGCCAGGACAGCCCGGGCAACCAGGGCAACCAGCAGCACCACGUCGAGGUCGAGCGAGAAUAUUCAACUUUGGACCUCUUCGUGUCGGCCUCCUCAACGGCCCGAAUGAGCAAAUGCGGAACAUCCUCAACCAGAUCCAAAACCCAGACGGCGCUGCAAAUCAAAACAACGCUCAGGCUGGCGCGAAUGCACAAGCACCCAAUGCCAACGUGCAAGCUGGUGCGGCGGGAGCGACACCAAACUUCGUGCCUCGCGCGGCGACCAGGGUACAAGUGCCUCUGAACAUCCAGCUGAUGCAGUUGGAGCAGCGCAUCAUGCAGGAAGCAUACAACCUCAACCUCGAACAACAACAGCUCGCCAAUCUCCGCUACAUGGAAGGUGAACUGUCACGUCUGCGAGCUCAGGUUAUUCCUGAUCAACCCAUCAAUGGAAUCUCGGCUGGUCAGCGACAGGCGAACAGAUUGACUGCGAUGACGGGAAUACCGUUCCAACACCAAGUAUUCACUCCUUCACCGCCAGUGCCGCCAGUGACAUUGAGCGGGAAUGCGGCUGAGACGGUUCAAGAUGGCCAUGAGAGUUUGCCAGAGGGUAUGGUGCUACCUGCUGGAUGGUCGGUCAUGCCGCUGCGGCGGCUGGGUGCACCACCAUCGGCAGAUGCUGGCAUGCCCACAGACGAGCGUGGUUCACCGCUAUUCGUACCUACGCCUGCGCCAGUAUCAUCACUUCCAUCUUCAUCGCUCCCAUCAUCGUCACUGCCGUCAACAUCACAACCACCCACAUCACAACUACCCACAUCACAACCGCCAGCUCACGACUCCCAAGCCCCAUCACCAUGGGUACCUGGUUCUGGAGCUUGGUCUUUCGAAGGUCCGCCUGAUACCAAUGGACAAGCGGUACCUGCUACGAACUCGGCGGAAACACAGCAGAGUUCAAGUGAGGAGCAGGGCACGAGCAUGGAUAAAGGCAAGGGCAAGGCGAGAGCUGUGGAGCUGGAAGAGGUGCCUGAACCGGAGGCUUAG